UAUGGGCCUCCUUACCCCCCACAAGUGGCCGCCCUGGGCCUCAUCCCAGACGUGAGGGUAGACGUCCCAAUCUGCAUCAUCCUCAUCAUCUUCUUCUUCGCGGCCGCCCUCCUCAACGGCGCAAUCUUGGCCCGCAACUUGGGCCGGGGCCACAAGUUCCUCCCCUCGGGCGUCCUCGUCGGCUUCUCCCUCACCCGCAUCAUCGCCCUCUCCCUCCGCAUCGCCUGGGCCACCCAGCCCUGGAACGUCUCCCUCAACAUCGCAGCCGGCGUCUUCGCCGCCGCCGGCGUCGUCCUCCUCUUCAUCCUCAACCUCCUCUUCACCCACCGCCUCCUCCGCGGCCUCCACCCCAACAUCGGCUGGCUGCCCGCCGUCAACGCUUUCUUCCUCUUCACCUACUUCCUCAUCUUUGUCUGCCUCGUCUGCGCCAUCACCGCCCUCGUCGCCAGCUUCUACACCCUCGACCCGGUAAGCCUCCACGACUGCCGCAUCGUCCAGCUCUUCACCUCCACAACCCUCGCCCUCAUCGCCUUCCUCCCCAUCCCCAUCCUCCUCUUCGCUGCCUUCUACCCCGGCCUCCGCCGCCCCGAACCCUUCGGCUACGGCUCCCUUACCACAAAAAUCAUCCUCGUCCUCACCGCCGCAACACUCAUGACCAUCGGCGCCGCCUACCGCUGCGCCGUAAACUACGCCGUUCGCCCCGUCCUCUUCCCCGGCUGGUGGCAUCACAAGGCCUGCUACUACAUCUUCAACUACGACCUCGAGCUCGUCGUCAUCUUCCUCUACGCCCUCUUCCGCUUCGACCUCCGCUUCCACGUCCCCGACGGCGCCUGCAAACCGGGCCACUACGCAAAGGGCCAGCACGCCUACAAACGCGUCAGCACCCUCACCGUCCGC